AUGACCCCCAUCUCAGAAAUCACUGCCUUAACUUUGAAGACGAAUAUCCUUAUCGUUGGAGGAGCUUAUGCAGGAUUAGCAGCCAUUAACCAAUUUCGGAAGAGACUUGAUUCUAAUUUCAGUGAUAGCAAUGAUAAAAAGAUUUCUUUAACUUUGGUUGAACCCAGGGCAGGGUUUUUGAACAUUCUUGGAAUACCAAAAUGUAUUGUUAAUCCUGAAUUUGCUCGGAACCAGUACAUUACCUUUGAGAGGUUUCCAUAUCUCCAAUUUGACAAAGUAUACUCAAUCGACAAAAAGAUGCAACAGCAAUUGCAAGAGGAAAGAACUAAACCACAGCCUUUUGAAUUGGACUUCAUCCACGGUAAAAUUAAUUAUUUGGACGAGAAGUCUGCCACUUUUACCUUGACAGGGGGUAAAGAAAAGUCGAAAAUCGACUUUGACUAUGUAAUUUUGGCCAGUGGAAGGCUGCGUCAAUGGCCCUCUACUCCGAAUGCCUUCAAUAUUGAAUACUUCAUGAAAGAAAUGAAUGAUACCCAUAAGAAGAUUUCUGAAAGCAACACAAUUUCCAUUAUCGGGGCUGGUGCAGUUGGAAUUGAGUUGGCUGGAGAAAUCAAGGCCGAAUUCCCUGAGAAGAGCGUCAAUUUAAUCCAUCCUCAUCCGUCUUUCCCACCUGAACCUCUUUCAGAAGAAUUUCAGGACAAAGUUAAAAAAGGUUUAGAGGAUGCUGGCGUGAAUUUACUUUUGAACUCGAGAAUUGACCGAGAGUUCGGAAAUGGAAAUUUACAAACUACAGAUGGUGAAUUUAUAGAAUCUGAUUUGAAUUAUUGGUGUACAUCACAUAAGAAUAAUAUCGAUUUUCUUUCAGAAGAAAUUUGUUCAUUCUUGACAGCCAAAAAGGAUCUCGCCGUUAAUGAAUAUUUACAAGUAGCAGAUACCGACAUUGUUUUACCUAAUGUAUUUGCUACUGGAGAUUUGGUAGACUUGGAUGUCAUCAAAUCUGCUGGCUGGGCUCUCCAUAUGGGACCAAUAGCUGCUGAUAACAUUAUUAAUUUGAUAAUGGGUGAAGAACCAAAUUCAAAAUUGCCCGAUGUUUCACUUUGGGAAAAGAACAUUGCGCUAGCUGUUGGAAAUGGUGAAAUUAUCUCCGGGAAUGGCAAUACAGUUGAGAUCAACAAUUCCGAUUAUGUCGAAAUCUACAAGGAUUAUGGAUUGAACAGAUGCUUAGAAAUGCUUGAAGCGGAACUUAGAGAAUAA